UUUUGGCGCCCGAGGCGAUCGACAUCAUGAGGGAUAUUUCUGCUGCGCAAGUAUUGAUUGCUGCUGCGACAAAUUACCAAAUCGUCGUUUUCGCCAAAGACCAGAUUGCUACUGUGUUGGCAAAUAUGGCAGCGAGUCCCAUUUGCAGAACAACUGUGGCCUCUGACGAUGGCUUGCGAGUUUUGCAUGACUUUUUACUAUCUUCACCAAGGCCAGAUCAAAGACCUGCUGAAAUUUCUGCGUGUGAACGGGUCCAGCAAAAAUCUGCAAUCGCACUCUCAAGGUUGUGUAGUGAAACUGACGUGGCGAAAAAAGUUGUGCACAUGGGAGUAGUGGCAAGAUUGGUUCAGCUUUGCAGAGAUGAAAGAGAAAGAAAUCAGUCCGAUGCUGUUCUAAUCGGAUGCCUGGCUGCUUUGCGAAAACUCGUGACUGCCUGUGGAAUGGAUCCGCUGAAAUCAUGCAACGCAUCGGAUUUAGUGGAACCCAGGUUAUUGGACUCGUUUUUGCUUUGCUCGUCACAACAAGAAAGCUACGUUUGAUUAUGGGUUCCGACGGCGUCACCACCUGAAGAAACGAGUGCAACAUUUCAUUUCUGAAGAAGGUCAAUUCGCUGAAAAGAGGAGAAAAAAAACCAAACUAGUCAAGAGUCUGAAUAUUGUGCCUCCUUCGUUUUGUGAUCAAAGGUGUUUUUUUUUGCUUUGAAUGCUGUCGAGUAAAAUUAAGAUAAUUCUGAAACUUUGAAUUUUUCGAGCGGUUAUCCCGUGGAGCAAGUUUUAAAUGGAUCGAGAAUUCUAUGUCGAUCAAGAAAAUUGACAUCUUUUAUUUUUAGAGCGAGAGAAAAUGAUUUCGAGGGGUUUUCUUCACGCUGCGAUGACUGGCAUUUAUUAUUAUUAUUAUUGUCAUGAUUAUCCUAAUGUGUGGAAUGUUGCCGAGUUUUUCGAGUGUUUGACGCGCUGAAGUGUUGCAUAAUUUGACUUUGACAUUCAUCGAAGACUCACGAGUUCGUUUUGAUUUUUGAUCAUUCCAAAAUAAACAUCGACGAUGAAACGUUUGUAUGUUCAUCAACAAA